GAUACUUCAUCCAACUGUAACAUAUGUCAUGUGCAAUAUCUUUCUUUCUUUCUUCGUUACUUGGAUGGCGGCAAAUAAAUAAUGGUCAGUGGGGAGCCAGCUUUCCUGAUAUUCAGCUCACUUGAUACUUCCAUUUGGCGGAUCCUGGGGUGCACAAGCUGUAGAUUGUAUAACAAGCAGAGAAUGGUAUUUGUACUUUGAUAGACUGGUUUAUGCACGCGUAUUCUUUACCCACAUGAACCUCACAAGUUUCUUUUGUGCUCAGGAUUUUUUCAAUCAUCUGGGGAGUGUCUGCGGGAAAACCAAAAAAUAGAUCAUCUGGGGCGUGACCUCAAUAGAACCAAGCCAAACAAGCCGGCAGCCCGGCACUGAAGAAGUUUCAACUCCCCUACCCUUCCAACAUACGUAUAUCUAAGCACGCACACAAAGCAUUUGACACCCAAUCUCUGAUUGUUCCUCAAGAACAGAGAAAUGGCUCCUCAAGUUUUCGGCACCCAAUCUCCGAUUGUACCUUCCCACCAUGCACUCUUUCUUCUCUGCGCCAUCCUUGUAUUUCUGUCCUCCAACACAAUGGUGUUCACAUCAGCACAAGCUAGCAACAGAUCCGAGAGUGACCGGCAAGCCCUUCUCUGCUUCAAAUCUGGCAUCUCCUUGGACCCAGCCAGUGUUCUCCGAUCAUGGCGCAAUGACUCGCUUGACUUCUGCAGCUGGCGAGGGGUCACCUGCAGCAUGGCCCUCCCAGUCCGUGUUGUGUCCAUACAAUUCAGGUCUGCACAGCUCACAGGAACACUAUCCAGAUGCAUAGCAGGCCUUAGUUCUCUAAAGAAUAUGGAGCUUCCAAGUAAUCAAUUUUCUGGACGCAUACCUGACAAGAUAGGUGAGCUUCGGAGCCUCCAAAACCUGAAUCUUGCCGGCAACAUGUUUUCAGGUAACAUCCCUCUGUCAUUAGGUACAGCUACAUCUCUUAGAUAUGUCAACCUUGCAAACAAUUCUCUUAGCGGAGCUAUCCCUGAUUCCUUAGCAAAUAGUUCAUCACUCAGUGAGAUACUCCUUUCACGUAACAACUUAGCUGGGGUGAUCCCAGCUAAUUUGUUCAAUUCAUCCAAACUUCGUCAUGUUGAUCUCCAGUGGAAUGCUCUCUAUGGGGCCAUCCCACAUUUACAAAAGAUGUCAGCUCUGCAGUUUCUCGAUCUCACAGGGAAUUUUCUUUAUGGUACCAUACCAUCAUCUUUAGGAAAUGUUUCAUCCUUGCGUUCCCUCCUUCUAGCACAAAACAUCUUAUCAGGAACAAUUCCGCAAACUUUGGGUCAAAUUCCAAACAUAACAAUGCUAGAUCUAAGUUACAAUAGAUUAUUGGGGUAUGUCCCAGCCACACUGUGCAAUGUGUCAUCACUCACACUCUUCAGCUUAGGCAGCAACAGGUUUAUUGGACAGAUAGCUUCCGAAAUUGGCCACUCACUUCCAAAUCUCCAAACAUUGGUAAUGGGAGGCAACCAAUUUCGCGGAUCAAUCCCAGAUUCUCUGACCAACAUGUCAACGCUGCGAGUGCUUGAUCUUUCAAGCAACGUGCUGACUGGUGUGGUGCCAUCUCUAGGAUCCUUGGCAAACUUGAGUCAACUGCUUCUAGGAGAUAAUAAACUCGAAGCUGGUGACUGGGCAUUCCUUGUCUCUCUCACCAAUUGCACUCAGUUGUUACGAUUAUCAUUGGAUGGGAAUAUCCUGAAUGGAGGUUUGCCAAAGACAGUAGGCAGCCUUUCAAUGAAGCUCGAGCGGUUAAACUUUGGAAGAAACCAGAUUUCGGGAAACAUACCCGCAGAGAUAGGCAACCUUGUAGACCUCGCUCUGCUUGACAUGGGCCAGAACAUGCUCUCAGGACAAAUCCCCCCGAGUGUUGGGAACUUGAGCAACUUGUUUAUACUGGAACUAUCGAGGAAUAGAUUAUCAGGUCAGAUUCCAUCAACGGUUGGUAAUCUUCUUCAACUCGGGCAGCUUUAUCUUGAUCACAACAAUUUGUCUGGAAACAUACCAGCAACUAUAGGACAAUGCAAAAGACUAGCUAUGCUGAACUUAGCAGUCAACAACUUUGAUGGAUCCAUACCAAGAGUACUCCUCAAUAUUUCUUCCCUCUCAUUGGGUUUGGACUUGUCAAACAACAACCUGACUGGGCCUAUACCACAGGAAGUUGGUAACCUGAUUACUCUUGGCCUCCUUGAUGUUUCCAACAACAAAUUAUCUGGUGGCCUUCCUUCUGAACUUGGCCGGUGUGUUACAUUGUUAUCCCUUCAAAUGGAAGGCAACAUGCUCAGUGGGAGUAUUCCCCAGUCUUUCAGUGCACUGAAGGGCAUACGACAGAUAGAUCUGUCUGAGAACAAUUUAACUGGUCAAGUUCCACAGUUUUUCGGGAACUUCAGCAGCUUAAAUUAUAUUGAUAUAUCAUACAACAAAUUUGAAGGGCCAAUCCCGACUGGUGGUAUAUUUGGAAAUUCAACUGCAGUGUUCCUGCUUGGUAACACAGGAUUAUGUGAAACAGCUUCUGCCAUAUUUGGACUGCCCAUUUGCCCAACCUCCUCAGAAACAAGAAGGAAGAUCAACACACGCCUGCUGCUGAUAAUAGCUCCACCAAUUACUAUUGCUGUGUUUUCAUUAUUAUGUGUUGCUGUCACUAUUAUGAAAGGGACCAAAACUCAACCAUCUGAAAACUUCAUGGAGACAAUGAAGAGGGUGUCAUACGGUGACAUUCUUAAAGCCACCAAUUGGUUCUCUCUGGUGAACCGGAUCAGCUCGAGUCAUACAGCAUCAGUCUACAUUGGUCGGUUUGAGUUCGAGACAGAUCUAGUGGCCAUCAAGGUGUUCCAUCUUAGCGAGCAAGGUUUGAGAAAUAGCUUUUUCACCGAGUGCGAAGUCCUAAAACACACCCGCCACCGCAAUCUGGUUCAAGCUAUCACCCUGUGCUCCACGGUAGAUUUUGAGGGCAAUGAAUUCAAGGCUAUUGUAUAUGAGUUCAUGGCAAACGGUAGCCUGGACAUGUGGAUACAUCCGAGGCCUCACCGAGGCAGCCCGAGGAGGCUGCUAAGCUUGGGUCAGCGGAUAGGUAUUGCUGCUGAUGUGGCUGCUGCUCUGGACUAUCUACACAACCAGCUGACACCUCCUUUGAUCCACUGCGAUUUGAAGCCAGGCAAUGUUCUGCUGGACUACGACAUGACCUCACGCAUCGGUGACUUUGGGUCCGCCAAGUUUCUCUCAUCAGGUAUUGGCGGACCAGAAGGCUUGGUUGGUGUCGGAGGAACGAUUGGAUAUAUUGCACCUGAAUACGGGAUGGGAUGCAAAAUAUCGACAGGCUAUGACGUGUACAGCUUUGGGGUGCUGCUACUGGAGAUGCUCACGGCAAUUCGACCAACGGACGCACUAUGCGGUGACGCUCUCAGCCUUCACAAGUAUCUUGACCUAGCCUUCCCCGACAGAGUCGCUGAAGUUCUAGAUCCCCAUAUGCCAUCCGAGGAGGAUGAGGCGGCCUUUUCCCUACAUAUGCAAAAGUACAUUAUACCUUUGGUCAGCAUUGGCCUGAUGUGCACCAUGGACUCACCGAAAGAUAGACCAGGGAUGCAUGAUGUUUGUGCCAGGAUUGUUGCCAUCAAAGAGGCAUUUGUCGAGGCCUUGUGAUCUGCGGCAACUAGUCGGAUGUGCAUGCAACUAGAUGUUAAAUACCAUGUACAUAUUCGAUAGUACAGUUACUACACUACUCUGAUGCUUAUACUACAAAAUUGUAGCUGUAUCAGUCGCAGAAUAUAAUUGUAAUUAUGCAUCUGAC